CUGUACAGAAGAAUUAGACAGUACCGCGGCCACAUGCCCGGCAGGAUCCGGUAAAAUAAAGUAAAUUAGGAAGGAACCGGGCCGGGCAGAUCCGCGCGGCUUCAGUUUCAGCCCCUGGGGGAAACUGCGAGAGUUAACAGAACGCCAGCGCGAGCUGUGGAAAAAGACGAGGGCGAGCAGGCUGUGGAUGUUUCGGUCCUGUGUCUACUCUUAAAGCCUCUCCAUGGACCUGUUCGAGAAUGGAAAAGUUGUUAGAGUUUGUGCUCCAAUGGUACGGUACUCAAAACUGUCUUUCAGAUCUCUGGUGAGAAAAUAUGAAUGUGACAUGUGCUACACCCCUAUGAUAGUUGCUGCUGAUUUCAUGCGUUCUGUCAAAGCCAGAGAUAGUGAAUUCACCACUAACAACUCUGACCGACCGUUAAUCAUCCAGUUUGCCGCUAAAGAUGCCCAGACACUGGCAGAUGCUGCAUGUGUAGUUGCGCCUUUCUCUGAUGGAGUGGAUCUAAAUUGCGGAUGCCCUCAAAGAUGGGCUAUGGCAGAAGGCUAUGGGGCAUGCUUGAUUAAUAAACCACAACUAGUAAAAGACAUGGUGAGACAUGUGAAAAACCAAAUAGACAAUCCCAACUAUGCAGUAUCCAUCAAAAUAAGAAUUCACAAGGAUGUGAGGAAGACCGUGGACCUUUGUCAGAAGGCCGAGGCUGCAGGAGUGUCAUGGAUCACAGUUCAUGGGCGGACAGCCUUAGAGAGGCAUCAACCAGUGCAUUACAACGCAAUAAAAACUAUUAAGGAUAGUCUUUCUAUCCCAGUCAUUGCCAAUGGAGAUAUCAAAAACGUUCAAGAUGUGGAGUCCAUAUAUGAACUUACAGGGGUGGAUGGUAUGUACAAGCUUAAAAUGACUUUGCAGUGGACUGCAGUUGCUUCAUUCCUCUAUGCUGAAAUUGGAAUCCUUUUCUUCCUCUGUCUGCCGUUCAUCUCAGCUAAAAGAUGGCAAUCUAUAUUCAAACUGAACAUGUGGAGCAGCAUUGCUCGAUUCUGGAACAAGGGAUUCCUGGCAAUGAUAAUCAUCCUUAUUGUUCUUUUUCUGGAUGCUGUAAGGGAGGUUAGAAAAUACUCUGGAGCUGAACCCAGCAAAGAAGCCAAAAUGACACCUAACAUGGUUGACCACUUGCAUAUGAAGCUUUUCAGAGCCCAGAGGAAUCUCUAUAUCUCUGGCUUCUCCCUCUUCUUGUGGCUGGUCUUGCGCCGGGUGAUCAUGCUGAUAAAUCAGCUGGCAGAGGUUACAGACACCAGCAAAGCUCUUCAUGCCCAGACAGAGGCAGCUAACCUGGCUGCCAAAAAGUACAUGGAGGACAUUGAAUUGCUCAAGCAGGCUUUGGUAGAUGGCACAGAAGAGGAAAAGAGUGGACAAAAGAAUGAACUUCUUAGAAAAGAGGUGCAGAAACUAACAGAUGAGUUGAAGACAUCUACUGAAGCCCUGCAGAAGUCCAGAUCAGAAGUAGAUGUCCUUAAGAAGCAGACAGAAGACCUGGCCAAAGAAUAUGACCGUUUACUCCAGGACCACCAGCAACUACUGAAUCAAAGUGAAGAUAAGAAAGAUAUGUAAGCAAACCACUCAUCAGCUUCGAACAGCUCUAGACAGCAUGGCUCCACCCUAUUCACACUUGGAUUCACCACAUAGCAAUACACACAGUAAUUUGGACAUAUUCUAUUUGUACUGUUUCAAUGAUAAUUUAGUAAAAGAUCAGAGACUUGACCAGUUUGAGACGUUUAAAUAUAUGAAUGAAUGUGGUUGGAUAUUAUUAAGUUUACACUAUCUACAUGUUGUUAAGUUUAGAAAUGUUAAUAACAUUAAGUUGAAUUUUAAUAUACAGUGAUUUAAUAUAGUCACUUGUUUUAAAAUAUUUUGUUUUUAAAGCAAAGCAGUGUUGUUCUCUAGACAUGCAAAAGUCUUCCUUAUUUUGACAGAGUUUACUAGAUAAUAACAUGUAUUGUUAUUAACUAGUCAAAAAAUAUGCUGGAUAAGAUUUGAUUUGUUAUGCAUUUAUAAGUGAAUGUCACUUUCAUACACGUUGGUUUCAUCAGCUUUUUGUUCUUUUUUAAAUGAGCAGUGAUUGUACUUGUGCCAAAGUGAAAUUAAACCAAAUGGAUUUUGUUCA